AUGGCAUCCAAAAAUGCAGAGUUGUCCUUGAUCAAGCGUUUCCACAUGCUGAGUCAAGACUAUGAUGCACGCCCCGCUAUCGCCAGGUGCAAUACACUUCCAGUGGUUUCUCGUUUCCUGUCGAACAAUGAUCGUGAGGUACGGAAACUGUGUUUGGAGGCGGUCUACUUGCUCUCACAGCACCCCGACAAUGUGGACCUGCUUGGUAGUGAGUUGAGCUUAGUAAAUGGGAUCUUCCACAUAUACAGCGAGGCACAGUAUAACGAUCCAGAGCUAUACGAACUUUCCAAUCUCACGUUAGAUACACUCGGCCCCGGUUUACGCGACGGUGACCCACGUCAUACUGAGGCAUUACGCCAUGCCGCUGAGGAUAGGUCGGUGUCGCCGGUUGAAAAUACGUGCGAGCCUAAUUCCAGCAGUCUACGCAACAGCACCGACGACAUGGAAUCAUCGCUAGGGGCGAGGUGUGGCCUCCACGAGACCGCCACGGCUCCCCCCACGCACUCCCGUGUGUGGGCCCCCCACAUGGUGACCAUGGAGGUUCCAGCUCUCCACACUCACACCGAUACAUCAGAUUUGGAAGAAAUUCUUCAAAGAACUAAGGGGAUCAUUUCAUACACCAUCACUUCUAGCGCGCAUCAACUACGCGUGUUUUUGUUCCGUGAGGCGCUUCAACCUCUGCAGGAUGCCUUAAAUGACGCUGGCUAUGUUAAUCUUGUGCUCAGUAACGAGCGGAUAGCAAACCAGGAGGACUUAGGAAACAAUCACCACAAUACUAAUAAAAGCUACUAUGAUGAGGAGGAAAAGCGACCUUCUUAUCUGGAAGGUGUCAAAUCUUUUGCUUCAAACCUUUGCAAAGCCGUAACGCUAUACACCGGGAAUAAUAGCAACACAUUGGCGGCACGGGUCCAGCGACAGCGGGAGGUAGGGGAUCAGAAGGGGAGCCGGGUAGCAGACCGUCUGGUUCGAAAUAUAGCAAAUUGGUUUUGA